UUGUGAGGGAAAAUGUAUCGUCUCGGCCAACAGUUUAUCUCCCAGAUCGCCUUUAAUUCCUUUUUAUCCGCUAUACCACGGGAAUAUUUUCAUCUCACGAGACAAUUUAAUAAAAGCUGGUCGUGUAUUGGCUGAUUUUUGAUCAAACUGUUAAUAUCUCAGCACGAAAAUGCCGAGGAACAAGAAGAAGAAAAGCAAGGGAGGGCAACAUGGAAAUGUGCAUCCCUUCAGUGAUGAGGAUGCCUCCAUUGAGACCCUCAGUCAUUGCAGCAGCUUCAGUGACACCGCCAGUGUCGCAGAUGAAGUUCCAGGUGUAGAGGCCAGUGAUGACACAGCCCAGGAGGAUUUCCAGUACAAGCUGAAGGGGUUUAUAGACAGCACGGUUGAUAAAAGUGCUAAGACCAGACAAGUAGCACUGGACGGGCUUAGGAAGGCGUUGGCCACACGGAUCCUGUACGAGUUCAUCUCCGAAAGAAGCAUGACCAUCACAGACAGCAUUGAACGCUCCGUCAAGAAAGGCAAAGGCGAGGAGCAGCGAGCAGCAGCUUCCUUAGCCUGCCUGCUGUGUAUCCAGCUGGGCUCGGGCAUCGAGAGCGAGGAGGUGUUAAAGACCCUGAAACCCAUCUUCAAGAACAUCCUGGCAGAUGGAUCCGCCAACAUACAAGCCAGACAGGCUGUUGCCACAGCUCUGGGCCUCUGUACUUUAGUUGCAGAAGAUGACAUUUUGGACGUGCAUGCUACCAUGGAGUGCUUUGAGAACCUGUUCACCCGAUCCUACGCGAGGAUGGACGGUACCUGUCCUCUGAUCAGUCCCCAGAAGAGCCAGCUCCACACCAACGCCCUGCUGUCCUGGGCGCUGCUGCUCACGAUCUGCACCGCCAACCAGCUCAAAGACAUCCUGCGCAAACACCUGCCUAAACUGCCACGAUUGCUGGAAAGUGAUGACGUCAACAUGAGAAUUGCUGCAGGGGAGACGAUCGCCCUGCUCUUUGAGUUGGCCAGAGACCUGGACUCGGAGUUUGAGUUCGAUGAAUGGGAGCAACUUUGUGACAAACUGAACGCGUUGGCCACCGACUGUAACAAACACCGAGCUAAGACCGACAAGAGGAAGCAGCGGUCGGUGUUCAGAGACGUACUCAAGGCUGUCGAGGACGGUGAUUUUCAGUGCGAGACCAUUCGCUUUGGGACGGAGCGCAUGAUCAUUGACAGCUGGGUGAGGAAGAGGACAUAUGAUGCCUUCAGAGAGUUUGUGGGCUCUGGAAUGAACUACCACUUACAGGCAAAUGAUUUCAUCAGAGACGUGUUUGAACUGGGACCACCGAUGCUGGUGGAUUCAGCCACAAUGAAGGCCAUGAAAAUACCUCGCUUUGAAAGGCAUCUCCACAACUCUGCUGCGUUCAAGGCUCGGACCAAAGCCAGAAGCAAGUUCAGGGACAAGAGAGUGGAUGUGGGAGAAUUUUAACUGUUUUUCUUUCUUCUCUUUCCUUUCUUUCUUCUUCAGUCUCAUACUAUUUAUCAGGCUUUCCUGCUUUUUAGAUGACUUUGUGUCCAUGUGAUCCUCCUCCGAAAUCUGUCUUUUGAGUAUUAAACUCUCGCCCUCUGGAGACGUGAAAAGUGGCUUUAUCACAGUAGUGGACACAACAUUAUUUUUAAAGUCUACUUUCAAACCUGCAGGAGGUGAGCGUUUGAUAAUCAAACAAUAGAUUUUAUUAACUUUAAUGUAACCACACAUCAACAGUGGUGUUGUACAUAUAGUGUGUAUUUGUUGCUGCUAAUGUUAAUAUUCAUAAUGCAGCCCCCUAUUUUAUUUUUAUCUUUUUAAGUUAUAUAAUUCUCUCAGCAUUUAUCUUCAUAGCGAUGUCGAGACGCAUGCUGUGACUGAUCUAACCCCCUUACACAUUUAUAUUAGGUUUAACUACCUUGAUAACCCAAAGCUGGUUAUUUCUGUACAACCUGUGAAUAUCGUGAUGUCUUUUUAGAUUUGGGUAGAUACAAAAAAGGGAUGAUGAAAUAAACAAAAAAGAGCUCGAAGAAA